AUGCCCGGCUCGUCCCUAUGGCUCAUCGCCCGCAAGGACGAUGAACCCUUCAACAAGUCCCUAAAAGAACUGAUCGGGAGUACCCUCCCAUCGAACUUCCCCCACGCGCCCAAGCGCAAUUUUAUCCCGCAUGUGACCAUCACCUCGGACAUUGACUCGUCAAGAACCUACGGGGAUUCAUCUCCCCAAGAGUGGCUCGAUGGACUCAGCCUGCCCGAGUUCAAAAAGGAGUCGGACGAGGUGCACGUGGAGCUCGAGCAGCUCGAAGCGGGCGAGCCAUUCUUUAAGAAGGUGACCAUCCGCGCCGCAAGAGAUGCCAACCUGCUCAAACUCGCCGCGGCGUGUCGACGGCAGGGUGUCUUGCUCAGUGAAGCCGACGCGCAGAACUGGGCGCAGACCGAAUUUCGUCCGCACCUGAGCCUCUUCUACGGCGACGUGCCACAGAGCGAGGUGCAGAAGAAAAUCGGCCUGAUCGAGUUGCAGCUCGGCUUUGAGUUGGGCAGUCUCUUCGAUUGUUGCGGUGGCACAUUGGCCAUGGGCGCGAAGCUCGUGCUGGUGGACACGAGCAAGGACAUCGAGGACUGGACGCCCAUCGCGGAGAGGGACUGUCCUUGGGUCAUGUGGAAGAUGGCCAGAGGUCUGUUGUGA